AAGAUGGGGAAAGGAUUCAACAACUAUAUGUGCAAAAAGUUUUUCCAUCCUGCCUCGAGAGACAACCUCAAACGGGUAUGGAUGGCAGAGCAGCAAGCUGAAGCGUAUAAGAAAAAACAGGAAGAGCUACGGAACCAGUAUGAAAAGGAGCAGGAACUGCACGAUAACAAGGCUAUGCUUAGCAGGGACAGCAAGGACAAAUUGAGCGUUAACUUUAUGUACGAACUCCCGCCUGGCAUGAAGAAGGAGCGCGAGCAGGAAUCAAACGAGUCCGAGUAUAAGUUUGAAUGGCAGCGCAAAUAUAAUGCACCGCGUGAAAGCUACUGCAAAGGGGACACCGAAAUUCGUGACCAACCAUUCGGUAUACAAGUGCGAAACGUUCGCUGCAUUAAGUGUCACAAGUGGGGCCACAUCAACACGGACAAAGAAUGCACCAUGUACAGUCUGUCGAUGAGCGAGGCGAAGAAAAUACAUUCCGAAGCGGAAGCGAACCAAAUUUUGUCCAAAGGCGAACUCGAGCAGCAGCUGCGAGACGAUGGGCUUGCGAUGAAACGAAGCGCCCAGGAGUUGGUCACCUCACACAAGCUCGUAGCAGACCCGGACGUUGAGCAAGCCGUUCCGGAGACGGAAUUCAUUCGCUCGCUGACAAAAAAGCAAAAAAAGAAACUGUUGAAAAAGUUAGAAAAAAUCGAAAAGCGUCAACGUUUGUCCAAGAAGAAGGGUAAAAAAGGCGCUAGUAGUAGUGACAGCGAUGCUUCUUCAUCCGAUUCGGAUAAAGAAGAUAGAAAGGGUUCGAAAAAGAAAACCAAAAAGUCUCAGCAGCAUCAUCGAUCGGAUGAUCGAAAUGGUGAGCGUUUGGUGCGUGAACGCGCAAAUGAACGGCGGGACAAACCUCGGCACCGUAGUCGUUCUCGUUCUCGUUCUCCACAUGCCGGAUCGUCACGCAGCUAUGAACCGACUAAACACAGCAAGCGUCGUGAUCGUUCCGCUAGUCCAAGGCGAGACCGUAGCAGGCGUUAGGAAUGGAUAUGCUUUCUUGUGUACAACUUCAUAUCAGCUAACGGGUAGAACAAGCCCAUCCUUAUAUACCUACGGACCAUGUGAUUCAGAAUAUCCCUUUACUCGGAAGCUGCUCUAACCUCACCGACACUUCUCAAACAAACCAACACAAAGGUUUAGAAUUAAUUUUGUUUAUUGGAAAAUUUUAAACUUCGCUCAACAUAUCGUAUAAAUAGAACCCACACAGAAUUAAAAUGAUUCCACUGAUUUCUCCCGAAACUGUACCCUGCAAACAGUAGCUUCCUCAACCAACCAAUCUGCGUACACUCUUCAUCGAAGCGAUAUCCCAUCAGCGGAUAGCGGAGUCCCGGCUAUAUUAGAGGCA